AUGUGUCCCCAAGCCUUGAAGUCAGCCCGGGUUGUUGUCGGUGUCAAAAUUGUCACUGUCAGCUUGAUACGGUCCCUCAUCACCUUGAUCUGGGGCAGUUGCUGGUUCAUUGUUGCAUUCAAGUCCAAUGAGGUUCCCACUGGCACUUGUCAGUUGCACCCUCAUGUUGAUGUGGCACUGCGAGAAAACUGCUUUGGAGGUUUUUCCAAAGUACCAUUUCAGAGCUGGCUCAUUUUUGGCUUGUAUGUUGCAAUUUUGUCGAGUUCUAUACUGUCAGAAUUUGACUUGGAUGAAGAGUCACAAAAUUUGCAACACUUCCAUAGUGACUACUUUGGCACCUACAAUGACAACAAGCUUGAUUGGUCUUUGGGUCAUGCAGAAAUCAUGAUCCCAAUAAUAGCAGUAGUGCAGAUGACUCAGAAGAUAGAACAUGGGCAGAAAUUGCCAAUAGCUGGCAGCAAGGAUAUCUGGGCCCCUUUCAAGUCAGACAUUGACUAUGAAGUGGCCAAAUGGGCCAAGUUACAAGGUGCAGGCUCAACUGCAUUUUCAGAUUUACUUAGUAUUCCUGGGGUAUCAGAACGACUAGGCCUUUUUUUCAAGAAUUCAUGA